AUGAACCAAGGUGUUGAUUCCGCGAUAGGCUUAAUAGGUGGAAUGAAUGGCGGCAUCGCCGCUGUUCUGGUUUCACAGCCUUUAGAUACGGUGAAGGUUAAACUCCAGACCUUUCCGGAAUUAUACCGUUCUGCAACAAGAUGCUUUAUUGAUACACUUUUUAAAGAGGGCCUUUUUCGUGGACUUUAUGCUGGAACGCUACCUUCUUUAAUAGCUAGUGCUUCCGAAAACGCAAUUACUUUUGCCAUCCUUCCACAAUGCCAAAAUGCUGUGGCUUCUAUGUCUGGAAAUAGAGAUGCUAAAACGCUCAGUCUCUACCAACAUGGUCUUGCUGGUUUUUUUGCCGGCAUAGGCUCCGCUUUAGUUCUUUGUCCAACUGAACUUGUAAAAUGCAAAUCUCAAGCGUUUAAUGAAAUGGCCCUUUUAGAUCCUAAGAAGGCAUUUCCUAUUGGACCCAAAAAUAUCACUAUGCAUGUUCUCAAAACUGAAGGCUUUCGUGGUCUUUACCGAGGCUUUCUCCCUACAUUGGCUCGUGAAACUUUUGGACUGGGUGUUUUCUUUGGAUCUUAUGAACUCUUUCGCGAUCUCAUGACCCCUUACGGUUCUGAUAAAGAGGAUCUCGGUCACCUAGCUACUGCCGUAGCCGGCGGUUUGAGUGGCAUGGCAAUUUGGACCUUUAUCUUUCCUUUCGACGUGGUCAAAUCUCGGAUGCAAAUUGGUCACCUAUCCCCUAAUUCUCCUAGCUACCAUUCCACCAACUUUCUUAAAGUCUUGAGGCUAAUUUAUAAUACAGAAGGUUUUCGAGCUCUCUAUACUGGUUUGGCACCUACCCUCUUACGAACAGUCCCUUCUUGUGCGGCUCUCUUUGUUGCUGUGGAGUGGACGCGAAAAAUUGGAUAUAGGUUAAUCGAUCAGAAGAACUAG